UUUUAAAACAAUAUUUCUACAAAAUGUCAAGUUCUGAUGAGGAAAUUCAGCAUUCAGCGAGGGAGCUUAAAGAGAUUGAACGUCGAAGACGUAAAAACAAAAAGAAGAAAGAAUCUAAAAAGUCUAAUAAAAAAGAAAUUCCAAAUAAAAUUAUUAGUAUAGAAGAGGAAGAUGAUGAAAUUGAACAAAUACAAAAUGUUAAAGAUCCAAUCGAGGGAGAAGAAAAAAUUGAACCAAUUAUUCCACCGUUAGAAGAGGAGAUUAAAACUGAACCUGAAGAAGGGAAAGAAGUUAUUGAAAAAGGGAAACCUACAAUUAUUGAUGAUAAUGUGCAAAUUGAAUAUAUUAAUGAAUUGCCUGAUUUGGACGAUAAAGAUCCCAAUUUUCAAUAUUUUGCUAAAGUCUUCAAUGCUUUCAGGAUUAAAACUGAAGAUGAACUAAAAAGAGAAGAACAAAGCAGACAAGUACGUUUAGAUGUUGUACAAGAUACUCUUAGUAAGGCGGCUGUUUCAGAACAAAUUCUUCAAGAAGAGCUUAAACAGCGUCGAAAAGAAGCGGAAGAAUCAGGAGAAGCUUUAAAAUUAAGUCGUAAAAAGUUGAGAAUUUCAUUGCAACCUUCUAUGGCUGAACUUAAAGCUAGUACAACACGUGCAGAUGUUGUUGAAUGGGCUGAUGUUACAUCUAAAGAUCCAUUUAUUUUAGUUGAAUUAAAGGCUUAUCGAAAUACAGUUCCAGUACCUCGACAUUGGAAUGCAAAACGUAAAUAUUUGGCUGGAAAACGUGGAUUUGAACGUCCUCCAUUUGAAUUACCUGAUUUUAUUAAAAGAACUGGGAUAAUGGAAAUGCGUGAAACAAUGUGGGAAAAAGAAGAAAAUCAAUCCUUAAAAGGAAAAAUGCGCGAAAAAACUCGACCAAAAUUGGGAAGAAUUGAUAUUGAUUAUCAGAAAUUACAUGAUGCUUUUUUUAAAUGGCAAACAAAACCACAAAUGACAAAAAUGGGUGAAUUAUAUUAUGAAGGAAAAGAAUUGGAAGCACAAAUGAGAGAAAAGAAACCUGGACAACUUUCUGAUGAAUUAAGAAUUGCAUUGGGAAUGCCUGUUGGACCGAAUGCAAAUAAAUUUCCGCCUCCAUGGCUAAUUGCAAUGCAGCGUUAUGGACCACCUCCUUCCUAUCCAAAUUUACGAAUUCCUGGUUUAAAUUGUCCAAUUCCAGAAGGAUGUGCUUUUGGAUAUCAUGCUGGAGGAUGGGGAAAACCGCCUGUAGAUGAAUAUGGCAAACCACUUUAUGGAGAUGUCUUUGGAUUAAGUCUUCCACAAGUAUCGGAAUUAGAGGAUGAUUCUCGAAUUGAACGUCGACAUUGGGGAGAAAUUGGUAGUGAUGAAGAGGAAAGUGAUAACGAGGAGGAAGAUAGUGAUAUUGAUGAGGAUAAUACUCAACAAAAGGCUGGUAUACCCGAGGGAGGUUAUGUGACACCUGCACCAACAGAAGGUUUUAUCACCCCAAGUGGUAUUACAACAAUUCCAGGAGUAGAAACACCGGGAUCUACAAUCGAAUUGCGAAAGAAAAGAGCCGGUGCCGACGACACAAGUAGUACACUUACUGGUGCAGAUACUCCUGCACAACCUCUUUAUACUGUUUUACAGGAAAAGAAAGUGGAACGUAUUAGUGGUCAAUUAAUGGCACCUAGCAUGGUUUAUGAUAUUGCGGCGAGUCGAAAAAUGCCAGAACCGAAUGAAGGAGUUGAGGUAUCUCUACAACCUGAGGAAUUAGAAGAUCAAGGUGGUUUAGAACGUAAAUAUGAGGAACAAUUACGCAAACAAAAUCGUAUAAGAAUGGAAAAUGAAGAAGACUUUUCUGAUAUGGUUGCUGAACAUGCAGCUAGACAAAAUAGAAAGCGAAAAGCACAAGAGCAGAAAAAGGCAGCAUCAAGUGGCGCUCCGUCAAGUUCUUCAUCUUCAAAGAAAUACAAGGAUUUCAAAUUUUGAUU